GAAGCAGAAGAAGAAGAAGAAGAAGAAGAAGCAUUCUCUGGUUUGUUUUUGGUUUAUGAGCGCCAGUGUGAGGAUGAACAUGCGGGUUACCUUAAAAGCUUACUGUUGCUGUCUGUAAUUCAGAACUAUUGGACUUAAUGUUUUCUCUCGGUGUUGCUACAUUGCUGUGGAAAAAUCACAGUAUCACGAAAUGAAGCUGAAGGAGUUGGAAAGCUGCCUGCAGCAGGUAGACACAUUUGAGGAGCCAAAAAUCCUCUUGGAGCAGUAUCCAACCAGCCCUCACAUUGCAGCAUGCAUGCUUUACACGAUUCACAACACGUUUGAUGACAUUGAGGGUAAACUGGUGGCAGAUUUCGGCUGUGGUUGCGGAGUCCUCAGCAUCGGGGCUGCCAUGCUGGACGCAGGGUUGUGCGUCGGUUUUGAAAUCGACGAGGACGCACUAGAGAUAUUCAGAAGGAAUGCAGAAGAAUUUGAACUCUCUAACGUGGAUCUGCUCCAGUGUGAUUUAUGCCACCUGGAAGCAGAGGCUUAUGGCCAAAAGUUUGACACCGUUGUAAUGAAUCCACCGUUUGGUACAAAACACAACCAAGGGAUGGACAUGAAGUUCCUCCGCGCUGCUUUAACCAUGUCAAAGAAGGCGGUUUACUCGCUUCAUAAAACAUCAACACGAGAGCACAUACAAAAGAAGGCUAAUGACUGGGGAGUGAAGAUGGAAGUCAUUGCAGAACUGAGGUAUGAUUUGCCGGCUUCCUACCGCUUCCACAAGAAGAAGUCGGUUGACAUCCAGGUGGACUUUCUACGAUUCUCCAAAACCUGAAUAUAUUUACUGGAAUGGGUUCUAAGUUGCCUCUGCAUUUUUCACCGUUUGUAAAAUAAAUGUGUUUGCUAAAGAAAAAACUCUGGAUGUCAUCUCCACAUUACGAGCCGUUUUCAGUUUUGGAAACUUUCGCUGGAGGACCGUCGGCGUCUUCAAGCUCUCUCUUUGGGGCUACAGGUGCUGCAAGAAAAACAGGAUACAUUGAAUCAUCUGAAAUGUUUGAGAAUGAGGACGCUGCUGCUGAGAAUAUGUAAUGCCAUGCAAAGCAUUUAUUAUCUAUUACAUUUUGUAUUUUUGUGUAUUUUAUUGGGAUUUUAUGUGAUAGAUCAACACAAUGUAGCACAAUUGUUAAUUGGAAAGAAAAAUGUACAUACUUUUAAUACUAUAAAGAAACUUGACUCAAAAUAAAAUUCAUUGCUUUUAGUGGUCUCACAUUUAGUAAACUGAGUCCAGUUGCGCUCUGGAAAUCUCAGGGAUUUUCAUCUGAACUAAUAGCAGCAUGAAUAUAAAUAAAGAGAUAAAGAGCAGUGGGAGCGCUCAUGGCUAGGAACCUUUAUUUCUGGUUGGAUAUUUGGUGUAGGUCCUCUUUAGUCUAAAUAGAGCAGUUGGUGUUUGUUCACACAACUAUUAUGGACCAUCAAUUUAACCUUUCAACCGGGGAUGUUUUUUCUUGAUUCUUCCACAAGAAAGAUAAAUCGCACAGUGUGUAAAUGUAUAACACGCUAAAUAAAUUUGUUUUUAAAGUAUG